GGUUAUCUAUAAGUUUUACUGUUUUUGUAAUAUUUGAAAGUUUUAUCAAGGAACUGACAUCAGGCAUUAACAGUCCAGUGUUGGCACAGAUCUGAAGGAAAUCAAGUCAGUUGCAGAAUGAGAUUAAAACUUAUCUUGGCUAUCUGUGUGGCGGUGGUGGUGCACUCACACACUGUUUCAACUAUGGGAGAGAUAUCGAACCGAGCCGGCCUGGAUCGGCCAACUGACCAACCGGUGCAGAUAGGGGAAGACGCCAUUGACGCCCUGAUAAAUAAUGCCUUUUCUGUUAGAACAACCACCCCCACCAUACCUUCUGAUGGAGAUAAUAGUCGGUUAAAUGAAAACCCUGUCAAUCAACAGGGAAACAACUUUCUGAAUGAAGUGGGUGGUGAUUGUGAAUGUGUACCUUACUACCAAUGUGAUACUAACAGGACAAUUAUUGAGAAUGGAGAAGGAUUGAUUGAUAUUAGAAUAAAGAGUGGACCUUGUGAGGACUAUAUAGAGGUUUGCUGCAAGACAGGAAAAACGUUGGGUCCUGAAAAUCCCAUCACCCCACCCCCUGCUCCUAGCUUUGACACAUGUGGCAGGCGCAAUCGUCAAGGUGUCAGUUCUCUUCGUAUCACGGGAGAUGUGGAUAGUGAAGCUCAAUUCGGAGAGUUUCCAUGGAUGGUGGCUAUUAUUAAAAAGGACACUGUCAGUCCAAGUCAGACGCUCAAUAUUUACCAAUGUGGAGGUUCAUUGAUCCAUCCCCAGGUUGUACUCACAGCUGCCCACUGUGUCGUAGGGAAGACUGGUCUGAGCGUGAGGCUUGGAGAGUGGGAUACUCAACGCAAGUCAGAGCCCCUUCCAAUCCAAAAUAGAGCUGUGAGGGACGUUUUCAUCCAUGAAGGAUACUAUGCUGGGGGACUGUUUAAUGAUAUCGCACUGCUGUUCCUUGAGACCCCGGCUGAUAUUGCUGAACACAUCGCAACCAUCUGCUUGCCAGAGCAAGAUGAGAACAUGGGCAACCGUAACUGUGUGGCCAGCGGUUGGGGGAAAGAUGUUUUUGGGAAAGAAGGAAAAUACCAGGUUAUCCUGAAGAAGGUAGAGUUGCCAAUUGUUCGAAGAGAUCAGUGUCUCGAGUCUCUACGCCAGACUAGACUGGGGCAACACUUCAAACUGCAUGAAUCAUUUAUCUGUGCAGGAGGCAUUGCAGGCAAGGACACCUGCAAGGGUGAUGGAGGCAGUCCACUAGCAUGUCCCUCUCGUUUUAACCCAGCAGUAUAUGUCCAGGCUGGUAUUGUAGCUUGGGGUAUUGGCUGUGGUACAGACAUACCAGGUGUUUACACAGAUGUCAGCCGUUUCCGCAACUGGAUUGACAAUAAACUGAGCAUACUAUAAGCUAAUAAUAAAUUUAAAACUUAUAAUUAACCAGAUUUAACUGACUCAGUAUUUUCUGCUACUAAAUCAACUCAUAACACUUUUCCUUACUAAAUUUAAACUCAGUGAUAAUUGUUGAGCAAAGCUGGGUUCAAUGUAAACUAAAUGAUACCACAUAACAACACAAACAUUCCCCUACUUCUUAAACAUUUUCACAAAAUCAUUUCUAGCAAAUGUUUUUUUUUUUCAGUUACAAUCUAGAACAUAAGUCGUAGCCAUGAAUCUCUAUCUAACCAGUCUUAAAUAAUAAUUGAAUAUAUCAGCUUUGAUAAUAAUGCCUUUUCAGCCUAAAGGUGGCUUUAAAAUAUCAACUUCUUCUUCUAAGAGAGGGCCUAUUUUCAUGCACCUUACCCUCAAGGGCCUUUUGCCCACCCCUGAAUUAUACCAUGAGACUAGCCAGUUUACAGAUUCCGCAGUUCUACAAACUGCCGAAAACAAUCAAUCUGGUCCUCCUGAGAAAAUUCACAAUUUUUUCCAGACUACCAAAAAUGGCGUAAUUCUCCGUGGCUAUUGCAGGGCAAUCAAAGACCAAUUGUUCAGUACUUUCCUCCUGCCUUCACACAAUCUACAGAGCAAAUCCUCCUGGAAAAUACCGACUCUGUUUCCUUGGGUGACCAUGUCCUGUAAUUAGACCCACAACCUGAGAAGACACCAAUCUACCUAAGAAGAGAAGAUCAGACGCCACCCUGUGGCAGGUCACUGCAGGACUAAUCUACUCAUCCUUAGACCUGGAUGCAGCCUCCACCUUCUCUCAUGUUCAGUGUGAAUACACUUCAAGACAGCCCCAAAUGAUUUAGAAAAACACUUAGAAAUACCACAGACUGGUCGAGGCUCCAUCAUGUUGGGUGCUGAGUCCAAGUUGGUCAGGGCAUUAGCUCUUCAGUUCUCAGAGAAUCCACGACCAGCAACCCAACAAAGCAGAGCCGUAGCUAAGGGGGGGGAGGGUUGUCUGCCCCAGGUGGCAAAAUUGUAGGGGCGGCAAAAUUAUAGAAGGUCAAAUCGUAGCACUCCAACCACUGUUUACGCAUUUAGUUAGUCUACGCGCGAAUCGCUUUACUGCCGGUCAAAAAUACAGAUACCCUUGUUUGAAUGUUAAUCACAAAAUAAGUAUAUUGGAAAUGAAUUUAAAUUUAGAUUGUUUAUUUCUGAAUGUAUACAUAUAUAACAAAUUAUUUACGAAUAAUAAAUUCCAGUUAUGUCAAACUGUGUUUGGUAGUUACCAAGUAAAUUACAACUUUAAAAUUUCAUAACUCGGAAACUUGAGAUCCCCCAAUUAAGACCAAUUUUUCAUUCAAGAUAGGUACAAAUGUACUGUUUUCGUGUGUGUUAGUACAUAAUUUUACGCGUAUAUUAAAGUUUGUUAUUAAAUUACGAUCUUAAGUUUUACUCUUAACCGAGCGGUUCAAAAGAGUCUACUUUGAUCACGUUAAAUGGAGCCCUUAAAGUUAUUAUCCUGGGCUUAUAAUUUUGUAAAUCACUAUUUCAAACGUUUAAACCCCAUUGCGGAUCACUGACGAGCUGCGCUCGUCACGUAGCGGCCGGGCCUAACGGCACGAUGACGAGCUCAGAUCGCAAAAGCGGUCUACUUUUAACUUUCUCUCCAAAUACUUCUAUUAAUGUCUGAUAAAUCGGGCGAUCAUGUCCACUUUCUUGUCAACUAAGAGUGUUUAAUAACGGUCUACGUUUAGAGUUUUCAAAAGUUUUAUAAAUAUCCUACAGGUUGCAGUUGUAUGUCGAAGUUGAAAAAUCAUUCAUAAUGAGUUUACUCUGCUUUUUAGCACUUCUGAUUGGUUGUAUUCCUCAGCUGUUAUUAUAAUAGUAACUAGUAUCGCAUUUUAUGGUAUAAUUUGCGUGUCAUAAUAUGAGCUGAUCGAAAUGGAAAACUUACGAUCGUCUGAACUUGAUCGAUAUUUAUUACAAUAGUUCAUAAACAAUAUAUUAUAUUUAAUUAUUUUGUUUUUAAGAAUAUAGAUGGAGAUAUUUGUAUAAACCGGAAUCCAGUUCAACGUAGAUAUGAAGUAAGUAUACAAUAGCGAGCGAUACGAUGUGGCGCACCAUUGCUGUACGUUCGGCCGCUGACCGUAAAUUAAUUCAUGCCCGCUGGUGCCCGCGCGCCAAAACAAUACGAUCCGCAAUGGGUUUUUAACACAUAAGGUUUUUUAAAUUUACCGCGGCCGGCGCAAACCGCUAGAUUACCGCAGCAACACCGCUGGGCAAUAAAAAUUAGACAACAAAAAUCCCAUUUAAGUUCACUGAUUCUCUAUCCUGUCAAGAUAAGUUUCAAAAAUUAUACUCCUUCAAAUUCAUACAAAUUGUUGCUAGUAAAUGUAAGAGUGAAAUAUCAAAAUGUUGAUGUUUGAAGAAACUUUCAAUAUUUGUUACCUAUUUAUAAUUAAAGAAUAAAAUUUAAAAAAAAAAACAUAAUAAUUUGGAUUUAACUCUUUGUGUUCCUAGAAUUGUGUUACCCUUAAAUAUAAACAUAUUUUAAAUUUGACUUAACAUUCAAUAUUUUUUUUUCACAAGAAGCUGAGAAACCUCUCAUUACAGUUAGUCCUAACAGGAUGUGUACGCUUGCUUUACGCUGUGACAGGAUAUUCAGGAUGUGUAAGGGAGGCCAGCUCUGUACCAGACUUUGCAGCUAGAGCUAGUACUCCCUAGCUUAUGUCUAGUCUAGCUUAUGACUGUAUUUAACACAGUCAUCUACCGCAGUAGACAAGACCUAUCGAUCUACCCUUGCACCCCAAUAUCUAUACAUUUACGGUUAAAAUAUACUCUGAGCAGGCAACAAUAAUAUAUAACAUCUCUGAUUAACAAAUAAUGUAAAACACAAAUAACAUGUGAUUUUAAAUAUAAUAUUGAUGUUAAAACAAUAAACAUGAGUUUACUAAGAAAUAUUCAUGCAAAUACAGAUACUUUAGGGCAUAUUUUGAUAUCUGUUGCGAUAUGUUUAUUUGUACACCUAUUUUGAGUUUUCCAUUAUAUAUUAGUGCGCUAUUAUUUUUACAUUCCGCUUUGGAUAGGAUCCUCAACCAGGUUUUCAAAUUCAGAAGAACUUAUUAGACCUUCUAACAGUUUAAUUAUAUUACUAUGUUAAUAUAAUAUAUGUUUGCUUUAAGAGUAUAUUAACAUAAUAGUUAUAAUGAUAGUAAUAAUACUAAUAAAUAUUAUACAUUACUUUUGUCUCACUACAGCAGCUAGUUUUCAUGCAACCUUAUCUCAUUAUCUUCAUUGUGUUAUUGAAAAUACACUGGAUUUGCUGGUAAAUCCUAUGUCUAUGUCAUUGACCUCAUUGAGGCUCUGGACUCCCAGAGCCUCAAUGAGCUAUGGAUGUGAUUAGAGUACUCACUGUUGUCAUUUUGGAAUGAAGCCUUACAUCCAAAAUUAUGUCUUCAGUGCAUAUUUUUUAAAGGUUAAUACAAAUUUAAGUUAUUAUAAUUCAAAUCAUUCCCACACACACACAUUUAUAGAAUAUUGGUCUCUUAAUUAAUCCAUGUAUUGGCUCUAAUUUCAUUUCAAUCCAAAAUCAGUAAAAUAUUUUGCUCAAAAUCUAGUUUGUAGUAAUUUUUUUAAGUGUAUAGAAAUGUUGAAAAUAUAAACAUUAUCUUCGAAGCUAUCUUUGAACAAAUAUUUUAAUGUAAAAAUUAUAGUUUAGUGUUUAAAAAACUGCAAAUAUGUACUUUUUAAAAUAUUAUAACGUAGUAUAGACACACUCUCAUAAUUUAGACUAGUCUUCAAUUAUCAUCUUAAUUUAAUGAACCCUAAACCUCGUAAAAAUUAGAAGUUCAAACUUUUUCUGUACUGUGCAGACACCAUUCUGCACAGUGUAGGCUACAAAAAUUUGUAUUUGUAGCAAAGUUUGAAGUAUUCAACUUAUAUUUUAAUGAGUGAUCCUGUGUACAGUUUCUUAUGAGAAGGCUUUCCUUGUAGGGUGUCUCUGCUACAAACUUCACUUAGAAGGUAAAUUUCAUUAAAGAGUUAAACAUUUAGAGCAUAAGUAAAAGCUUUUAAUAUACACUCUUGCAUAAAUUGUUGAACUUCAACUUUGAGGGGAGGGGGUGGAGAGGGAAAUACAAUGAGGACAGAUUGGUACUGAGAGUAUAUCUGAAGAGUUUAUUAGUGAAUACAGUGGCUUAAAUCGUUCUUGGCUUUAGAGAAGUAGGAGGGGGUGAAUGUAAUUGAAGAGGACCACACCUUUGGAAUAAAUCUUAAUAAAUUUAAAUAGAUUAGAUAAUUAUAAUUCGAAGUUAUACAUUUGACUACUGUAUAUAAAACAAGUUAGAUUGCUCUUAUAAGCAUAUUUUUAGGGCUUUGGGGGUUUUUAUCCCUCACCCAUCUAUCCUUAGUUACACCACUGAUUAAACAAUGAUAAUAUUAUGAGUCUAUACAAAUAAUGUAGUGAAACAUUAUUGAGAUAAAAAUUUCUCCAGCUUGAUUAUUAGGUCUACGUUGGGAAAAAAUAUUGUAACCUACAAAGUGAUAAUGAUGUACUGUCUUCCUCUCUCUUGGUCUAAACAUCUGUUUACAUUACCCUACUACAUUGUACAUGUCUCUACCUGAUUGUGUAAAUAAAUGGUAAGCUCAUUGAAAUGGUUUUUAACAUGUCUAAUAUUUAAAAUGUAAUUAUAUACAUAAAAUUAUUUUUACUAUAUUUCUUAAAUUAUUACUUUAAAAAUAAAUAUGGAUGAAUUAAAGAAGACACAACUAGAAAAGUUUGUAAUACUUUAUCCUUAUUUUUAAUGAAAAUUUAAAUUUUUGUAUAGGUAUUUACUACUUACUAAAGUAAAAUGUACAAUAUUUCAGAUCUUAAAUAUCCCUUUCGGCUUAGUGUGUGGACGCACAUGUGUGCGUGAGUGCAUGUGUGUGCACAAAUAUGUUUUAUAUAUAUAUAUGUAAGUAUUUACUUGACUUCAAAAUUUGUUAGCAUAUGUUAUUUUAUUAAUAUUAAAGAAAAUAACACAUUUAUUUUAUUUUCCUUUUAUAAAAAAUCUAAUUAUCUGUCUAAUUAUGUCUGUUAUCUGUUCUGUUCUGUAAAUAUAAGUGCCAAAUUUUGUUUCUUUACCAUAAAUUGUCUUAGAUAUAAUUUCUUCAUCAAAAAUACAAAAUGGCGGCUAGCGGCUAAACAGGACAUUUUUCGACCUAUGUGUAUAUGACAUUUUUUGUUUGAAAUGAUGAAUAAAUACUAUCUCCCACAGAA